GUCACUUUUGUUUUGGUCUAAGGAAGUUGCUGAACUGGCGGAUUUCUAGUAUUAUUCAGUAAGAGAAGGGAUUUUACCCCAAAUAUUUUUGUUUUUAAGGUGAAUUUGUUUCUUGAGAACGCCUUUAGUUUUUCAAAUGACCGACAGGGUCAAAGUAAAGGCCAGAUUCAAUGGCAUUGCUCGGCGAUUCGAGAUCAGUUCUCCCACAUCUUGGGAGGAAUUAACUUUUCAAAUCAAAGAACUGUUUGAUGUGCAAGAUUUCAUGUUGAAGUAUAUUGACGACGAAAACGAAUUGGUCACGCUAGGAACGCAUGAGGAACUUGAAGAAGCAUUAAAGGUCACUCAUAAAACAGGUUUAUUCAGACUAGUGGUGGAUAGUGCCUCUGAUCAACAAACAACUGCACCAAGGAUUGAGAGUUUUAGAGAUUUACUUGUAGAAAGUGAGGAAGACACACCUGUGCUCCAAGCCCAGAAACGCAAGUUAAUCUCCAACACCACAACUCCAUCAGAACUACCCAGUGCUUUCAAGACUGCAAAAAUGGAUGAUGGGGACCUCUCAGAAACUGGGAUCAUUGGAAACUCAAGUUUUCAGGAAGUUGAAAAUGACUUCCAAUGUAAGACAGCUGAUAAAGAACAGUUACCAACUGAAGGGAAUGAAAUUGUGAAUGACAGAGAUGAAAGAGAAGUGGUAGAUGAUACUGUGGAAUCUGCAGGUGUACUGCAGAAUCCUUCAUCCACAGGGCCACCAACAUAUGAAAGGAUAGCUGAUGAGGCUACAGCUGACCAUUAUAUCCCUUUAAUUGAGCUCAUGCAGCCAGUUCCAAGUAAUCCAUCCCAAGAUGCAUCUUCAUUUUCAGGGAAACUUAAAAAGGCUCCUAAGAAACAGAAGACAAAGGCCUGCUAUCUUCAGUUGGCUGAAAAUAUUUCUGUUGAGCUGGCAACCAUGAAUGAGAAGCUCCACAAACGAUUGCGGAGUUCUCUGGAUGUAUUAAAGAAUAAAGAACAUGUUCCUAUGGAGGGACUUGGAGAUUUUGAAGAAGAUUCAUAUGUAUUCGUUGGACAGCAAGAGGAUAGGAAUGCCACUGCUGGAGCUGUGGAUGUAGAGAAUAAGGAGUUGUUGUCUUCCCCCAAUGAAUACAGUGAAAACCAAACAAAAGCAGAAGAAGAAGGUGAAGGAAAUGCAAGCCCCAGUCCCGAUGUUUUGAGCACUUCUCCAUCAGCCAGUGGCAACAAUUCGAAUCAGAGCAGUGUUGAUCAUGAAAAAAUGGCAGAAGUCAUUCAACAUGUUGUGCAAGAGUCUGUGCCACAAAUAGUGGAGGCAACAAUAAAAAAUCUGCAGCAGCUUCACCUCGGCAGUCCCUCACCAAGUUCCUCACCCAUGCAAACAUGUGGCAUGUUGUUAGGUGGUAAAGUUGUUCAUAAAGGUAUAGUCUGUGCCUCAUGUGGCCAAGCUGUCUGCGGAAUCCGAUACAAGUGCUGUUUCUGCAAAGAUUACGACCUGUGUGAAGAUUGUGAAGGAAAAGAGGGAAUCCAUGAUCCCAAUCACUUCUUUGCUAAGCUGCGAAACCACGUGCCCGGAAUAGGACGGAAGAAUGGAGAGAUGGUGCCAGUGUUGAAAAAGUUUGUGUACAAGAUGACAAUUAAAGAAGAGUACAAAAAAGAGAAGAAAGAAGAAAAAAGGAAGGAGAAAGAUGAAAAAAGGGAAAGGAAAAAGGAAAAAAUGAUCAUGAAGGCUUCAAGGAAAGAUGAAAAAGAAAAGAGAGAUCUGAAAAGAAGGACAAAGAAGGAAUGGAGACAAAUGCGCCAUGAGAGAGAUUCUGCCACCAUCAAGGAGAGGAUGGGAAACUGCCUUAAUGCUGAAUUCAUAGCCGACGCCAGCAUACCUGAUGGGACGAUCAUAAAGACAGGACGUAAAUUUCUGAAACGUUGGUUUGUGAAGAACAAAGGUCGAAAGUGGAAUGCGAAGACAGUGCUUCAGUGUCUUGAGGGUAAUAUCCUAGUCGCUACUGGAGAAAACAAAGUUGCAGUACCAUUCCUUAAACCAGAUGAGGAUGGUGAACUUAUGGUGCCAUUCAUUGCUCCAUCAGCACCUGGACAAUAUGAAAGUAAAUGGCAGCUGUGUCACCACAGUAUUCCAUUUGGCCCACUGUUCUGGUGUCAGAUUGUUGUUGAAGAAGGGGAAGUUGAAUGUGAGAUGCUGCUGAAUCAGGAAACCCCAACAGAGACAGAAGCCUCAAAGUACCCCAGUUAUGACAGCACCACCCUGGUCAACAGUGCAUUUCCUGAGCGUGACACCUCCCCUCUCAGAAAGUUUGUGGAGGACAUAGUCCCUCAAGGACUAAUGGCUGAGGAGCCGGACGAAGCAUCAGGAUCAGAUGUAUACCUUAGUUCCACCGAGGACAAUGCAGAAUUCGAGACGAUUAGGAUCCCGUUAGAAUCUGUGAUCGUGUCCAGCCAAGCUGCUCAGGCUUCCGAGCUGGAGUGGGAUACAUCUGGAUGUGGCUUGGACGCAGAGUUAUGUGACAGGGCUGAGAUAGAAGAGCUCGUGGCUUCUGCUGUGGAAGAUGCAACAAGUGACGUUGAAAGCGUCGCCACUGAUAUGUCAGACGAGUUCAUGGUGGUACCCGUCCCUCCUUGUUUUGACCCAGACGCCCCCCUGACUGCAGAUCCCUCCCCCGUGACUGUUAGUGUCACAGAAUAUAAGCAAAUGACUGAGAGUCAACAAGGAACAUUUUCAUUCACCCUCAGUGAUCAGCCCACUCUUAAAACCGAGCUUAAGAGUGUCCCUGGUACCUCUUUUUUCAUCGAUCCGAGGAGUGUGAGUACUGACGACACAAGUAUGGAGACAAUUUCCAGGACGACUGUCGAGGAGGACAACAAUGUGUUUGAGCCGUUAAAUGACUCAAACCUGCAGCUUCUUGAUUCACCUGUGUCAGAAGCAGGGUUAGAGAGUCCCCUGAUAACAACAGAGGAAUCCUCAGGAGAGUUGAGCUGUGAGCCCACUCAACCCGAAUCACCCAUUAUCACUGAGCCUGUAAACAUCUCUGAGCAUGCAAACAUCCUUGAGCCCGUAAGCACACCUGCACCUGAACCAGCGGCACAUGAUGAGGACCAAAGUGAUGAUAAUGAAGAUGACAACAAUGAUAAUGAUGAUGACAGGACGGAGGCUGCUGUGGUACCAGAAGUCACCUCGCAGCCAAUUGCGGCGCAGCCUGUUUCCAGCAGUGAUGAACCUGCUCCUGUUGCCUUGCAGCCAGAACCUUCCUCACCUGUCGUGAUGGUCCCGGCCACUGUUCCCACCAGUGAAGUCACGGUUGUUCAACGAGUCCGAGAGAACAGCACCAGUAGUGAUUUUGCUUCCAGUGUGGUGUCCGAUGUAUUGUCCACAGCUAUAGAUGCCGCAGCUAGCGCAGGAAGGGCUGUUUUCACUACGGUGGAGAAUUUCCUUACUGGUGUGCCAAAGCCUGAGGCGACUGCAACAUACAAACCCGUGGAGGGAUGUGAGGUGUCCGUGAAUCGGCCAUCAGAAGCGGAACCAUCUUCUAAUGAAGCUCCUGCAGUACACGAAGUAACCUGGCCCCCCGGCCGAUCUCCCUCUACUUGCCAUGAAUGUCUGAUGGAAAUGGGCUUUUGUGAUCGCAGGCUCAACGAGCAGCUACUGAAGAAAUACAACUAUAAUGUAGCUAAAGUGGUCACCGAAUUGUUGUCUGUAACUGACAACGAGUGGUCGACGCGAAGGCACUAAAGAAAAGAGCUGGGCGGCGAUGUUUUACUUUUACAGUUUGUCUUUAAUCUUUGCUUAUAUUGUUGCAUUUUUUUCGGGAGGGGGGGGGGAUGGAGGGAUGGAUAGUUUAAUUAUUUCCGCGAUAUUUCGCCUGUUGGACCACGCCACGAAGAUCGAAAAGGCAAGAAGAUCUACGCAUUUGAAGGAACUCUGUCACGGGUUCUGCAUCCUAAGGAAUUUAGCAGUUUCAACAUUGCUUGCAUCAUGUUUUUCCUUCUUGCCAACGUAAUAUUUUGUAGACUCCUGUUAGUCGCAAAUAAAUUUGUUCGCCGUUAAUAUAGCUCCAAAAUGCUCUGAUGUAGCUCCUGCAAAAUGCGAAUAACGUUAUGCAAUUUGGAUCCGAAGAUCUCGGGAAUUAACUUUCAUAAAAGAUUGUUUUGUUUACAUUGCACUCGUUAGCAUUGGGGAAUGGAAGAAAGGGAAGUCGAGUUUUUUGUCCAUUAGGAUGUCGCGUUUCGUUUGUUUGUCUCGCAAAUUUGAAAGUCACGCAAACGUCUUUGACAGAAACUGGCUAGUCGACCGCAGUGCACAUCUGACGACGCCAAAUGAUCAUUUAAAACAUCUUUAUUGCGGAAUGAACUUUUAGGGUAAUUAUUUGUUUAUAUAAACCCUACAAUAGUCGGUAAGGGAAGGUACAUUGGUUCGGAAUUUAUAAUUUCGUUUCUUUUUGUUUUCAUAAGGGAUGAAUCGCUAGCCAUGUCAGCGUGUUAAAAUUUAACUCUCGGACUUCUUCGGGCACAUUUUUCUGAAGAUUUAUUGUAUGAAAUUCUUACCCGUCCAACUAUCGAGGAAGUAUAACUGUUGGUGGACUGAAUGCAUUUAGGGUUAGUUAAGACAAACUGCUUUAUUGUAAUCUAUGAAAAUGUAAAUAAACAAUUGGUUAUCUGGAACCAUU